AAGAUAAUUCAAUUAGCAAGCAUGGGAUUCCAAAAUGGAGAAAAUGUUGCUUCCGAUUUGCUGAAAGCACAAAGUCACAUUUGGAAUCACAUUUUCAACUUCAUCAAUUCCAUGUCACUUAAAUGUGUUGUUGAUUUAGGCAUACCAGAUAUCAUACACAACUAUGGCAAACCCAUGUCACUCUCAAAACUCAUUUCUUCACUACCAAUCCACCCUUCCAAACAAUCUGAUAUCCCUCGCUUGAUGCGAAUCACUACUCAUUCUGGCUUUUUCUCUCAACAUAAUGUUACAGAGAAUGAGUUAGAAAUUGAGUAUGUGCUAACGGAUGCAUCUAGAUUAUUACUUAAGGACAAUCCAAUGAGUGUGGCACCAUUUCUCCAAGGGAUACUCGACCCAACUAUGACAAGUCCAUUUCAUCAAAUGUCCACUUGGUAUAAAAAUGAUGAUCCUACACCUUUUAAGACAACACAUGGAAUAACAGUAUGGGAGUAUGCAGCAACUGAGCCGAGAUAUAACAAAAUGAUGAAUGAUGCAAUGGCAAGUGAUGCUCGAUUGGUGAAUACUGUGGUGAUUGAGGAGUGCAAGGAAAUGUUCAAUGGAUUGGAGUCAUUGGUUGACGUUGGAGGAGGCACAGGAACCAUGGGAAAGGCUCUUGCCAAAUCAUUCCCACAACUGGAGUGCAUUGUGUUUGAUCGCCCACAUGUUGUUGAUGGCUUGCAAGGAAGUGAUAACCUAAAGUAUGUUGGCGGAGACAUGUUUGACAAAAUUCCUCCAACUGAUGCCAUUUUAUUGAAGUGGAUAUUGCAUGACUGGAAUGAUGAGGAAUGUGUAAAGAUAUUAAAGAAAUGUAAGGAUGCAAUAGCGAAAAAAGGAAAAGAAGGGAAGGUGAUUAUCAUUGACACGGUGGUGGAGAAUGAUAAUGAAAAUCAUGAAGCAUUUGAAACUCAACUCUUCUUGGAUAUGCUGAUGAUGGUAAUAGUGAAUGGAAAAGAGAGAACCAAGAAAGAAUGGAUUGACUUGAUUUUCUCUGCCGGUUUCACUGACUACAAGAUAACUCCAAUUUUGGGCUUAAGGUCUGUCAUUGAGAUCUAUCCAUGAAUAAGUCUUGCAAACUUCAGCUGAGAAGUGAAAGAAAAUGUGUCGGCACUAUAAUCAUUUAUAUAUAUGUUGUUAUAAUUUAUAAGUCUCAUAUCGUCUAUAUAGCAGUAAUAAACUAGUCUUGAUAUUGAGAAGAAUGCACUCAAAUGAAACUUAUCUACGCCUUUAAUUUAAUAACCAUUGUAAUAAAGUCCUACGGACUCUUCAUUAUGUAACUUUGUGCCAAAAUUUGUAUGGAAAAA